GGGCGGGCCACUGCGCAUGCCCGUCGCGCCUAUAACGAAAUGGAGCGCUGUGUAACAUUCGCUAGUGUUCGCUCUGCCGACCAAUCAGCAUUCAGCUUUCAAGUCAGAAUCGCGGACGGGGCCCGCAAACAACAUCGGAGGAGACUAGCGCCAGUCACCGAGCACCUGCCUCUCUUGCCAGUGAACUGAGUGUAAGGAAUAUUAAGGAGACUAAUUUUUCAUCCUUAACACCACUGCCGACUGUUCCCGGGCUGCCCAAGUGUUAAUCGAUCACAGAUACACCGCUCACGGUCAAUAGCAAGAGUCUUUAUUACUCCUGCUCAACUUACCACCACCAAUUGACUUUUACACACUUCAGCAUGUCUAAAUGUGGGUCAAGUGCAGUUGAAGAGGUCAAGGCCACUAAUGGGGAAGCUGUCACGGACGAGGGGCAAGACACUGACAAUGACUCUACGAAGAAAGAUGAUGAUAAACCAUCAAACAGCAAGGACACUGGCGUAACCACAAGUGCAAGUGAGAGCGUAAACACGGCAAGUGUUGGAGCUGUGCCCAGAGAUGGUGAACCCUUGCAAGCCGACGCUGAUUGCAUACCACAAUGUAAAGCUGAUCCUGAAGAUGACAUCACUAUUCAUGACAAUGAAGUAUUUGAAUUCGAAAAGGAAAGGGAAAUAGACGCUACAGAUUCAUGUUUCAAAAUAGAUAAAGUGUAUAGCGUGGCUAAUGAACUUAACACCGGAGAUAGCAAAAUAACAGGUAGCGGGAAACCGGAAGAUAAAACUGAAUUAAAAGUUAAGGAAGGAAAAAAAUCUAUAGAAACAGGAGAGGGUUCUGAGACGAAAGAAGACAAGACCGGAGUGAAGGCAGAAUCCAAGAAAACGAAAGAAGAGAAACAAAUAAAGCCGAAAGCAGCGCGGCCAGCCCUUGCUAAGGUGUCCACCCUGACGGCGGGGGUUGGGGGCGUCCGCGUGCUGGGCGGGGGGGUUCGAGGCGCAAACAUGCCUCUUAUAGUUAGCAUGGGUGCUGGGAGUCCCGGGAUACCUCUCCUCCCAGCGGGACUUCCACCCGGACGAUAUGUCAUUCUCCCGGGCACCUCCAGCACCACCAAGACCACAAGCUGCGCCACGGUCACCACAAUGUCUGCCAAUCUCAACCCCCGCCUGGCCACCAGCGUUGCUGCUAGCGCCACUCGGAACCUUGUUGCCGCGCAGAAGGCUCUCGCCGCACCCCCCCACACUCCGGCCGCCGCCGCCGCCCCCCACACCACGGGAGGCAGCAAGAUGUACACACGUGAGAGAGGCCGUCGUAAGUCAUACACCGCCGGAGAAAAAUUAGCCAUGAUUGAAGCAGUAGAGGGCGGGCAGAGGAAGAGUGCGGUGGCAGAUCGUUUCGGGGUGGCACCCUCCACUCUUGCUUGUAUAUUGGCUCAGAAAAACAAAAUACGAGCAGAGCAGGAUAAUCUGGCCCGCAGGCGCGUUCGUCACGCCAAAUAUCCGUUACGUGAAGACUUCCGUGGCAAGGCACCUACUGUGGGCACUACCCUGCGGUUCAGCCCACCCACUGACAUCCCCUUCACCCACUUCCUGGCCCCACUCUCAGCACCCACCUCCACGCUGCUCGACACUCAACCCGAGGAAAUCAUUGCAGUGCCGGAUCUGGUAGAGCGGUUGACAGGGGUCACCCCAGGGGCCGCCACAGGCAAGCCGGAGGAGUCGGCCGACGACGAGGAUGAAGACCUUGGCGAUGGGGUGAGCCUCAUGGACACUGAACCAGUGCUGGAUCAUGACUACCUCAACGAAUCUCAGGACGCAAAGGGCAGAGGCUUCCAGCAAAAUACUCAGCUCACUUCCAGCGAUGUUGGAGAUGAUGCUACAACACAGGAUACCUCAGGGAGAACAUCUUCACCUACUCCUAGCAAUCAAGGUUUGGUUGGACCAUAUCUCUUAAAAAAGGAAACUCAUUGUUCAACAGUGUUGGAUCAGCUUUUGAGAGAUGAUACAUAUACAGACGUAACACUCACUGCUGAGGGUCAGAGUUUAAGAGCUCACAGGGUUGUUUUGUGCUUAGCCAGUUCAUAUUUCCGCCAAGUUUUGAGCCGUGAAUUGAAUAUUCAGAGUGUAGUUCUUCUACGUGAUAUUAAGUUUGCUGAACUGCGCAACAUUAUUCAUUUCAUUUACACGGGUGAAGCUACUGUAGAUGCAUCUGAGCUCGAAUCCUUCAUGAGAACUGCUGAAAUGCUGGAGAUCUCAUCACUCUGUGAAGGUCAGAAGUGCAUCACUGGUCGUGGUCUUCAGACACAAGGCAACUUCAGCUCAGGGUUUAGCAUUGGUGACUUUGAACGCCUUGUGGGAACAAAGAGAUCAAGAAAAGACACAUCACCCACUCCUAGUAAAACACGUAGAGUCUCAGGUGAAGAUGCAUCAUCAAGAUGCUCAUCAGCUGAACCAGUGGCUACGAACAACCCUCUGUCACUUAUAAAGGAGGAGCCUGGGUGUGAGACUGCCACCUCAUUUCUAUCCAAACCUCCGAAAGUGGUCAAAGAGGAAGAAUUAAUAGAUACUGAAGAAACAAACGAAGGGGCAGGUGGCAGUGGACGAACAAGAAGAGAAUCCUCUGGGUCAGUAGGAGGAUUUGCAGCCAUAGCUGGUGUUCAAAAGAUGUCAUCUGAUUCAGAUGAUAUCUGUCAAGAUGUUUUCCCUUCUGUUUCUGAAUCAUCAUCAAAUUUGCAAUUGGAAGAAUCUGUAAGAGAGAAUCCCGUUGCUGGUGUUCCUGACACAAUAGCUGUCCCUGGAAGAUGUCCGUAUUGUCCUCACUUAACCCAAAAGUACGAAGGUGUUGCUAUGAUGCGUCAUCUUCUAGUAACGCAUCCAUGCAAGCCAGCGUUUCCGUGCGACUCUUGUUGGUGUGUGUUUGUGAAGAGAGCAAACUUUAAGGCUCAUCAUCAGAAAUGCCAACCACCUCUUUGUUAGGUUUAUUGGUUUAGAAAGUCAAAAUGAUUUCAAUGAGCUUGUAUUUAAUAUUUCAUUUUUUCUUUUGAUGAACCUUUGUAAGGUCUGGAGUAUAAUUCAUGAGUUGUAGAAAAAAAUAAUUGAAAAAUAAAAAUACUGUAUUGAUUUACUCAUAGCAUGCCUGAUAGUGGCAUUCCUGAAUUUAAUUUACUCAUUUAAAAUUAGAAAUAUUAUACAGAAGUCUUAAAAAGUUCAUCAAAGACCCUUUAACAUGGGCAUAUUUUGUUGUGCCAUCAAGGAGAAUGACUGGUUAUUUUCUUGAGCCAUUUAUUGUAUCUGUGCUUAUCUGUUGUAGUUAUUUUCACACAAUUUUGGAUGGUAAAUCAGGAUAAUAAUAUGAAUAACAAAUUGCAAGAUUUUAUAACAUAAGAAACAAAUGAAAGUGUAAACACAGUAUUAUUAAGAUUUUAAUAAAGAUAAAUUGCUGUUAACAGUAUAAACAAGUCAUAUUUGUAUUUUGUGGUGCACAUCUGUAUUUCCUUAUAGCUCUUUCUGCUAUUUGCUGUAGGGACUUCAAAUUGUUAGUUGUAAGUCAGAAUAACUGUUUUGUGGGUGUUGCAGUAAAUCAGAAUUUAAUGUUUUUUAUUUUUUUCUAAUACAUGUUACAACCAUGAAUAUAAGACAGUAUUCACUGUACUGUGCUUGCUUACUUCGAAAUAAAUUAUUAUUUAUAUGAUCAAAAUUCAAUUUAUUGCAUUGUAUCUGCCAUUAAAAGAUUGCACCAUUCCUGUCAUCAACCAGAUGAAUUAUUUGCAGCAUUCUGUGGUAGACAUUUAAUACAUAACUUAAAUGGUUUAUACUGUCCGUCAUAUUGCCAUUUACAUGAUGUUCUCCCCCAUAUUAAUUAGUAUAUUUAGGCCCUUGCAUGAGGAUAUUCUUGUUAUCAUUUAUAGAUUGAUAAAAAGUUUAUAUGAAAUAUUCUAUAAUUACGUGUCAUCGAAAGAGUUUAUAUAUGUUUCAGUUACAUUACUUUUCAGGUUACAUUUGUGGGGACAACUUUAAAGUACAGUACAGUACAGUACGUAAGGCUGUGAAAGAGAUCGUGAUGAAGUGUGUGAAUAGUGUGACCGAGGUGUGUUUUCACAAAUUAGUGUCAGCAAAUAAUACAGAAUUAGAGAAAGUAUGAGUGUCUAUAAAAAAAUGUAUCUUUUCUGUAGUGUGAUAUUACAAUACAGUAUUGCAUUAUUCAGAAGUUUUGUUUGUUAAUUUACUCAGAUAUCUUAGUUCUGGGGUAUAUAAAAAAAAAUUAGUUUAAAAAUUGGUUCAGCUUAUUGGCAAUCAGUUAUGCGGCUUCUGAUCAGAUGUAAGUUAAUAUUACAUACUAAUAAUGAAGACUAAACUACACACCAAAAGACAAGGAAAUGAUGUUUUGGUCCGUCCUGGACCAUUAUCAAGUCGAUUGUGAUAAUCGACUUGAUAAUGGUCCACAACAGACUGAAACGUCGUCGUCUCCUCGUCUUCUGGUGUGUGGUUUAGUCUUCAUAUCUUCAGCCACGUUAUUGUGACUAAUCAUCUGCAUACUGAUAAUUUUAGUGGACCACAUCUGUUUUGGUCAGGUCCAUAAUUAUAUAAAAAUGGACUGAACUCCUUUGCAUAUACAGUAUGUCUAAAUACAAACAGUGCCAUAUUUCCUUACACAAGGUCCCAGAUUACAAAACAAUGGUUAUGGUAGAGGUAGAAAUCACAGUUUGUUUACAUGAAUGUUAAAUACAGAAAAUGGGAAAACUUGUUGUAAUGAUACAACUCGUCAAGAGUACUAACCACACACUAAUAUUUGUUUGUCAAAAUUUAUGUAUCAAAAAUUAUUUUAUAAUGAUUAAUUGAUUCCAGUACAGUACAGAGUAUCAUAUAGACAUUGAACACAAAGCAUAUUAAAAACCUUUCAUGGUUACCUUGAGGUGGUCAUAAUAUUGGUCAUUAUAUUAGCUCUUAAAGUUGCAUGCUGCUUAAAGGAUUAAUGUAUAUUUAGGAUACAGUCAAACUUUGAUGCAAAGUAUGAGUAAUGCCUGUCAAAUAUUCUUGAUACUUUCAAGCUUUGUGAAACUGAACAUGUAUAUGCUUAGUGAUAACUUCAAAAUGAAAAUAAUGCAGCUUACACAUAUUUAAGGUAUAUUUAAUACAGCAUGGCCUGGCAUUGUUUGCCACCCUACCUCAGGCUCUCCAAGUUUUUCACAUGUGGCCACCUAUGUAAUUUUGUCCCUAAUUAAAAUAAUAUUCUGCCUAA